GGUUCUGGGUGCCCGGACGGCGAGAUGGCCGUCCUGGGAGUGCAGCUGGUGGUGACGCUGCUCAUGGCCACGCUCAUGCACCGCCUGGCCCCGCACUGCUCCUUCGCGCGCUGGCUGCUCUGUAACGGCAGCCUCUUCCGAUACAAGCACCCCUCCGAGGAGGAGCUUCGAGCCCUGGCCGGCAGGCAGCGGCCCCGAGGCCGGAAGGAGCGGUGCGUGGCCCCGGGUUCCCUGAAUCUCUGCAGUCAGCGUCCCCUCCCCCACAGGCUCUCGGACGCGGCCUUCGACACAGCGCGCCUGUGGGCACUGGUGGCGCUGUGCCUGCUGCGCCUGGCCGUGACGCGGCCGCACCUGCAGGCCUACCUGUGCCUGGCGCGGGCUCGCGUGGAGCAGCUGCAGAGGGAGGCUGGCCGCAUCGAGGCCCGCGAGGUCCAGCAGCGGGUGGUCCGGGUCUACUGCUACGUGACAGUGGUUAGCCUCCAGUACCUGACGCCGCUCAUCCUCACGCUCAACUGCACGCUGCUGCUCAAGACGCUGGGGGGCUACUCCUGGGGCCUGGGCCCUGAGCCGGCGCCAUCACUGUCGGGGCCCCCAGCCCAGGCCGCGGCCGUCGCCGCCGGGGAGGACGACGCCCAGCAGACGGCGGCCUGGAUCGCCGGGGCCCUGGGCGGCCUCUUCACGCCGGUGUUCCUCCGCGGCCUCCUGGCCUACCUCAUCUGGUGGACGGCCGCUUGCCAGCUGCUCUCCAGCCUCUUCGGCCUCUACUUCCACCAGCACCUGGGCGGGGCCUAGACGCCCGCAGCCCUCCUGCCCUCCUUGUGUGCCUCAGUGUCCCCAGCGGCAAGAUGGGGCAGACCGCUCGGGAUCCCCCUACCAUGGUGCCUGGGCUGUGGGCCCUGGACAGGGGGGCAGGGCCUGAGCCUCUGUCCCCACCCGGGCGUCGUGCGUGCGCGCAUGCGCCCCAGACUGCUCAGAUGGACGACUAUUUGGAGCACGCCUUUUCCAAACUGACCCCAAGUGGCAGGGAGAAAAGUGGGGGCCCAGGAGACGAGC